AUGCGGACGGUGGGCUCUAUCGCUGCCUCUGCCAUCAUCUUCCCGGGAAUCGCGCAAGCCGCCGGCAAUUACAAGCUGAAACACUCCUGGGAGGGCGAGAAGAUCCUGGAUCACUUUCACCUUUUCGAUGCCCCCGACCCCACCAAUGGCUUCGUCACCUAUGUCAACCAAAGCCAUGCAGAGGAUGCCGGCCUUUUAAAAGUCACCGACAGUGGAAGCCUUUAUAUGGGCGUCGACUAUGAAUCAGUUCUCACGGCUGAUGGCCCAGGCCGUGAGUCUGUCCGUAUCGAGAGCAACGAGUACUACGACCAGGGUCUCUAUGUCGUCGACAUCCAGCACAUGCCAGGCAGUAUCUGUGGUACAUGGCCUGCCUUUUGGACAGUCGGCCCCAACUGGCCAACCGACGGUGAGAUUGAUAUCAUUGAAGGCGUCAACCAGCACGAUGCGAACAAGAUCGUCCUGCACACCAGUGGCUCGUGCGAUGUCGGCGGCGAGAAGGAUAUGUUGGGCGAGAUGACAUCGAGCGAGUGCGGUGAUGCAUCAGGCACUAUUGGGUGCGUGGUCAAGGGCCAGAAGGGCUCUUCCGGCACACCCUUUAACAAGGGCGGUGGUGGUGUCUAUGCCAUGGAAUGGCAGGAGGAGUACCUCAAGAUCUGGUACUUCCCGCGAUCUGAGAUCCCCGAGUCCCUUUCCACCGGCAAGCCAGACGUUUCGUCGUUCGGCAAGCCCAUGGCCCACCUGCAGGGCUCGUGCAACUUCAAAGAGCGCUUCACCCACCAGAAGAUGAUCCUUGACACCACCUUCUGCGGUGACUGGGCCGGCGGUGUUUUCGGUGACAGCGGCUGCCCUAUCAGCGACGCGAGCGACCCCAUGGGGAGCUGUGUCAACUACGUGGCGGAGAACCCUAAGGAGUUCAAGAACGCAUACUGGGAGCUCAACUCCAUCAAGAUUUUCCAG